AUGAAGCGCUGCGAGGUGGCGCUUUGCAAAGAGGCACCUUCUGAUGUUCGCCUCGAGAUGCACAACAAGUACGAGGCGCAUGCUGCUGCGACAGAAGAGAAGCAGAGAGCGGUGUUGGCUGAUAUUGCCUGGGUCAAAGCUGGUGGUAAACGGGCCCGCAUGACCGACUACCUGGAGGGCGACACUGCUGCGGCAAAACGUGAAGCACAUGAAGGCCUUGCGCUCAUGUUUGCCGCAUUUCGCCUCCCGGAGAACCUCAUCGACCAUCCGCUCUUCGUCAACUCUAUGCACCUCGUCACCCGCGCCGGUGGCGGCUACGUUCCCCCACGUCGGAAGUACAUUGGCAGGGCCGGACUGCUUGCUUGCCAAAAGGGUAUUGAGAACGGCUUGAUGGGGAUCAAGGCUAGCUGGAAGAAGACGGGUGUUACCAUCGCGUCCGGCAUGAUGACGGACAAGUGUGGCUGGCCGCAGGCAAAUGUCCUCCUCGUCAACGACGCGGGUGCCAUCCUGAAGGAGUGUGUGGACUGCAACAUGGAGAAGAAGACAGGGGGAUAUGUCGCGGGGUUACUGAAACCCGUCGUGGAGGAAGUGGGACCUGAGAACAUCGUCGCGUUCUGUAUGGAUGGGGGUUCCAACUACGCGGCGGCGUGCCAACAGCUGAUUGAGAUGUGGCCCCACAUUCAGCAGGUUCCUUGUGCCACCCACGUCAUGGACCUGCUGAUGGAGGACGUGAGGAAAAUGGGGUGGUCCAAAAAGGUGGUUGACCGUGGUGCAGAGAUGAUUUCCUUCACCCGCAACCACCAUUGGACGCGCGGUUACUUGCGGAACCCGGAGUUGGUGGAGGGGAAGCUCCGCCCCUCCCUUACACAGAUGGUCCUCAGCGACGAGUGGAAGGUGUGGGCUGCUGGCUCGCGGAAGGCGGCUGCGGAGGGGUUCGCCGCGUUGGUACUCGACUCAGCUUGGUGGAAAACUGCCGAGAUCUACGACGUGAUGACGGAGGACGUUGGGGCUCUCGUGGACGCGGAUGAGGAACAGUUGUGCUAUAGCGAGAAGCAGCAGAUCCGCCGCAUCCUCAAAAACCGGUGGGACGAGAGCCUCGCGUGCGCCAUGCACGUGGCGGCCCGCAUCCUCAACCCCGCGAACGCCGAAUGCACGCGGCGAAUCCACGUGGUGGAAGAAGACAUCUUCGGCAGCGACGCCGAAUGCACGCGGAUUUUCAAAGUGUUCCUUCACCAGCAUGCAGAGUUCCUCGUCGGCCACGACGGGAAGGGGGGGGAUGGGGCCUGCGAUUACUUGGUUGAGUUGGGGGGACGGGCUGAGGGAUUUCUUGGACAUGAAGGGGAGUUUCGGGAUGGCAGAGGCUGUGGCACAAAGGGAGAAGGUGAAGGCGGGCACUUACAGCAUGGUGAAGUGGUGGCAUUGGAACGGGACAGAUGCCCCCCGCCUUGCGUCCCUCGCCAUCCGGGUUCUCUCGCAGCCCGUCUCAACUUCACCCUGUGA